GAUGACGUUUGCAAAUCUGGCGUUUGUUCUUUGUCGUACUAGUAACUGUCUAGCUGGGAGUGACUAGGAGUUAAGCAAGUGCAUUGCUGUCAGACGUCAAUCUAUAAUCUUUACACUACACAGAACGGACAUAUAACUUUGAACAGAUACGCCGGACUGGUUUUGUGAGGUUCAUGUAGAUCUGUCGAGCAAAACACUAUUUGGAGGCCUAUUGGCAAAGGAAAUCCCCGGGCUAACUUGUGGACUCUAGGCCGAGAUGAGAGGAUAUGUCUCAGGAGCAAGUUAUUGAUGUUGGACUUUCCUCUGUUUAUCUUGCCGAUAAGAGGGCAAGUGCUUAAAACGUAAACGUCUGCUUAAAACUGUUCCACUGUCAAACUGAUACUGGAAAAAAUGUUUCAAAAGGUGCUGGGAGGAAACGUACAUUGUUUUGGAUGAGGCUGCUGUGUUGCCUGUGGAUGUUAGGGUCUGAAGUUGCCAUCGUCUCUCCCCGGCUCUGUUCACAUCAACAGCAUCAGAGCCACUGAUCGCUGUGGGCCUUCGUUCAGCCGGUUUCUGGUGUGUGGCGAGGAAAAGUCAAAACAAUCAAACAUGAACCGUUACCUUCCUGUGGCACAGCAGCACUUCCUGACUGCUCUGGCCAGCACCAGUGUAGUGGUGAAGUCCAUCUGCGCCACUGUGCUUCUGCUGUACCUCAUUUCGUGGGAGGUAAACACACACGUUGUACUUGGCGUCACACCUGGCUACCUUUUCCCACCGAACUUCUGGAUCUGGACUCUGGUGACCCACCCCAUGGUGGAGCAGCAUGUGUGGGGUGUGGCGGUGAAUGUCGGCACGGUGAUUGUCGCCGGGCGACUGCUGGAGCCUCUGUGGGGGGCUCUGGAGUUGCUCAUUUUCUUCGCUGUGGUGAACAUUUCUGCCGGGCUGUUCUCUGGCCUCUCCUACGUGCUUACCUAUGCCACCACCUUUGACCUAAGAUACCUGUUUGCAGUGCACGUGUAUGGUUCACCGACAUUUCUGGGUGGCGUUCUGGUGGCUCUGAAGCAGACUUCGGGUGACUCAACCGUACUUCGGGUGCCACAGGUUCGUCUUAAGGCAGCCCCGGCACUGGCCCUUCUGGCCUUGGCCAUCCUGCGGCUAGCCGGCCUGUUGGACAGCUCGGCGCCACUAGCCGGCUGUGGCUACGGCGCUCUAGCUGGCUGGGUGUAUCUGCGCUUCUACCAGAGGCACAGCCGUGGGCGAGGUGACAUGUCGGACCACUUCGCCUUUGCCUCCUUCUUUCCGGAGGCGCUGCAGCCAGCCGUGGGCUUCGUCGCCGGCCUCGUGCACACUGCCCUCGUCAAAGUGAAGGUGUGUCGGAAAAUGGUGAAGCGUUACGAUGUGGGAGCACCAUCCUCCAUCACCAUCAGCCUGCCAGGCACAGACCCCCAGGACGCCGAGAGGAGACGGCAACUGGCAUUGAAAGCUCUGAACGAACGCCUAAAGCGAGUGGAGGACCAGUCUUCCUGGCCCAGCAUGGAGGAUGAAGAAGAUGACGAUACUGACGAGAUUCGGACUGAUGCUCCUCUCCUCCCGGCUCGAGAUCCCUCACCGCCAGCUCCCAGCACCACCCAGAAUCCCACAGGGCCGGAGUCCAGCAUUAUAAGCUUUGAAGAUGCCCCUGCUAACUCAUAACACACACGCACAUGCACACACAUACCUUGUACUUACAGAGUACAAAAAAAAAACCUCACAUUUGACCCUUUGAAUUUAAAGAUGCAAUCACAAUACCUGCUGAAGGUAUGCGAGGCCUCAUGCCAUAAUUUUCUCACGAAAAUAAGAUGAAUUGCCAUACGUGGUUUCUGUAAAUCUUGAUGAGUCAUGACAAAUACAACACCCUGACACAAACGAGCCAACAAAUACACUGAUCUACUCAGCUUUGAUGAAGUAUAAAAGAACUCUGGACCUUCCUGAAACUCUGUAUCUGUGGCUCUGUGGCACUCACGUUUUCCCUCGCCCCCUUCUUUCUCACUGUACAAACAUUAAACCGUCCUUGUUUUGUUUGUAUGCGUCUAGGUGGGGGGGGGGGGGUGCUGUGUGUUUUGUAUAUGUGUAUACAUGUAUAUGUGUGCAUAAGGUUUCUGAGAGGUGUUCCUUUUGAAUAAAUGCUUAAACUGCUGCUGGGGCUUAUUACUCACACUUUACAUGGGCUACAAGCUCUGCGUUUGGCUUCUGCUCAAUUUGUUUGAGUGUCUGUCUGUUUUAUUUUGUUUUUCUCCCAGCAGCAGGAAGUGCAGCAGUUUACCUCUUUUUACAGCAUAAGUCCUUUUUCGCAUGGAUAUUUCAAGGCUGCUUUGUUUUUUCCUCGGUGACAUGACACUUUACGAGAACAUCCUUUUAAACAUAAGCUGCUUUGCCAACGGCCAAGAGCUGUAUAUCUCCCAGUGUCUGAGAGGAGGAUAGAUCAAACCCAGCUGCACUCUAUUUGGCAGGUUGUUGUUUUGAGGUGUUUGUACUUACAUUUCUGUUGCUUUUUCCUCUGCAUAUAUUUAUGAAAGGGAGACAUCUUUUCCCAUCGUCGGCUCUGUAUUAGGUGGUUGCUUAGGACAAACCAGAGCAUUGGACUCUUUCAUUGUUCCCUCAAAACAUUUAAUUUCAAUUUAAAAUAUUUAUGCAUAUGCACUGUCAGAUGCACAUUAAGAAAUAAACUGCCUGAGUAGAAAAUCGAGCAGUGCGUGUGUCAGGGAUGCAGAAUAUUGAAGUGUCUAAACUUUACUCACAAACUACUUUGCAGUUGGUGCAUCUCUAUUAUAUGACCAAGUCAGUUUUAGUGUUUUUUUCUGUUUGGAACAAGUGUUGUGUCUGUACUGGUGCACUGCCUCUACAGUGCAGCAAUGUUUUAUAGUUCGUACUUCUCUAAUGUUUGGAUCACAAAAGCAGAUUAUUUAUGUUUGCAAAAAAUAAGGUUCCAUUUUGUUGACAUUUAGUCAGAACAUGACUUUUAUUCACACUAAAAAAAAUUCUAAUACGUUUUUUUUUUAAUCCACCAGCAAUCCUGUAGCCUUAAACUGAGACACAGUUAAUGUAAAUGAAGACAUUCACAUACACUGCAUGUUUAUUGUGUUACAUUAGAGACAUUUGCUGUCCUCUGUUUGUGGUGCUAUGUGCCUUUAGGAUAUUUCCAUUACCAUCUGUGAGAGAGAAACAUGCCAAUUCCGGGACAUGCAAGUAUGUCCUGUGGAUGACGCACCUCUAGGCUAUAACUAUUGUAGCCGUCUUUUUGGUGGCGUGUGACCAAGGAAAGAAAAGUAAGAAAAAUGUUUGUAUUCAGUGGUUUUCACGGACAAUAGCAAUACAACAAAUACUAGUAUUUACUACUGUAAAAAGCCUCUUAGAACAAGAGAAAGGAUCUGGGAUCAGUUGACCACUUUUAUAUUCUAAAAAUGAAAAUAAAUGUAUGGACAUUGUAAAGCCAGUGGUACACAUGAGAUACGUUGAUCUGGGUAUUUUGUGGCAUCAGUACUGGGUUGCAUAAGAGUACAACAUUCACAUGCAUGAAGUCACCUUACAGUUUAUUUCAUUCUUUCUGUGUUUGGGGAAAGAUAAAGUAGAUAUUGAGAGGGAAAAAUAAUUAGGUUUUUGUAAACACUUUCUUGCCAUACUUUUGACAGUGAUGUUCACAAACAGAGGAAAGGCUCUUAAAAAAUUUGGAUUAGUUGUUUUAUAAUAGCUAGUUGGAUUUUUCAAGAAUAGUUUUUGUUUUUGUUUGCAUUUAUAAUUAUCUCCUGCUAAUCAUUUUCCCUCUUUGGGUGAGUCUUUUUAUUUCUUACCAUUGCUCAGUGACUUAGAGGCUUUUUCUUUCAGGCUCCAGCUCUAAUUUUCUGUCUCCAAUAAAAGAGUGUAUGGAGAAAUUC